ACAUACCAUACAAGCUCCUGCUCCUUAUAUGAACUAGCUUUGACUUUUAAAGUCAACCAAUUUCAGUUUAAUUUACAAUAUGGACAGUGCUUGUGUUUAUGAAGAGAAGACAGUGAUUCAUGAGCUCACUCAAGGGCUACAAAUGGCAGAACAGCUAAGAGUUAAUCUGCAUUCGCCCGAAGCUAGAGACUACUUCAUACAAAUGAUCUUAUCUUCUUACAAUAACGCUCUUUUCGCUCUCCAGUCGGGUGUCGGGCAGCCUCUGACACCUGCCCUUCCCACACCCAGGCUGCCCGGAUCAUCGAUAUCCUUUGGCAGCCCGGGAAGUGGCGAAAACGUCAUUUCCAGAAAGAGAAAGGGGUCCCCAACAUGGGAAGAUGAAGUUAGAAUAUGGAGUGACAAUGGGUUAGAGGGUAACGCUGACGACGGUUACAAUUGGAGGAAGUACGGGCAGAAAGACAUUCAGGGCGCUAAAUUUCCAAGAAGCUAUUAUAGAUGCUCAUACCGUAAUUCACAGAAAUGUUUUGCAACAAAACAAGUGCAGAGAAAAGAUGAAGACCCAACGGAAUUUGAAAUCGCGUACAAAGGGAAACACACCUGCAACCACUCGGCUUCACCAUCACCACCACCUUCGCCUAAAAAAUAUGAAAUAAAGCCAACCCACCACCAGCAACUAUCACCACCAAGUCCCGGUGAAACGCUCUCGAAUCUCAAAGCCAAUCUGAGUGUGAACACAUCGGAUUUGGGUGGUGACAGUGACACGGUUUCAUCUUUGUUUUCCUUCCCUUCAACAUCAUCUGGACUCAAUGAAGAUCGCCACCAACUUCAUUUUCCAAAUUAUUUUGAUGAUGAAUUAUUACAAGUUUACUCGCCAACGUUUAUCUCCCCGGUUACCUCUGAAUCAAAUAUUUUCUCAGAGUGGGGAAGUUCGCAGUCAUUGAAUUUCCUAGCAGAUGUAGACACUGAUUUUGAAUUUAGCUCUUUGUUUUAGACCCUUAUUGUUAAGAAGUGUAGAAUUGAUAUAUAAGAAAUAACUAGGUUAUAUGCCCGUGAGCUUUACGGGUUA